AUGGGGCGAAAGAAGAUACAGAUCGCCAGAAUCAUGGAUGAGAGGAACAGGCAGGUUACCUUCACAAAGAGGAAGUUUGGCUUGAUGAAGAAGGCCUACGAGCUGAGUGUACUAUGUGACUGUGAGAUAGCCCUCAUCAUUUUCAACAGCUCUAACAAACUGUUCCAGUACGCUAGCACAGACAUGGACAAAGUGUUGCUGAAAUACACAGAGUACAACGAACCCCACGAGAGCAGAACCAACUCUGACAUUGUAGAGCAUAAUAAAUAUGAUUUAUGA